AUGUACGGUUUUCAUAAGGAACGCGAUGUUUUUCACACUGGAAAUCCUGAUACAACGCUCUGGGAAUUCAAGCAUGGCAACGGGAACUUCAAGCGUGGUGACCUAGUAGGUCUACGUGAGAUUAAGCGCCGAGCCAGCCGACAUGCUUUGGUGCACCGCGAGAGCAACUAUUCCAAACCUGCAGCAUCCCAGCCAGGCACUCCAGCCGAGCCUGUGCCUAUCCCACCAGACAGCGCCGAUGCUCGAAUGCUCAAUAUUGAGCAUACGCUCUUCGACUUGAGUAAUCGCCUGCAGCGGAGCGAAGAGGCAGCUCAUUAUAUGCAUGUCAAGAGCCAAGCCGCGAUGGACACGGUGAAUCGACUUCUUCACUUCAAUCAGGAGCUUUCAAGACAUAUGCUGUCUCUUGUUCCAGCCGAGAGUCCCCUCUCUCGUGAAGGCGAGAUGCAAAGGCAGGCUGAAGUACUUCGGACACUCGACGAGCCACCCCAGGAGGCACCAUAUACCGGCCGGCAACAGUAUUUUGCGAACGUCGAGAACGCCCCAGUAUCACCCAGACAGCUUGCCCAGGACGACCAGAGACGAGGCCCUGCUUUAGGCGUCCCUCCCGCACGCGGUCAGAACUUUUAUAAGCCACCAGUUCCUUCCAACCUAUCUAGCAGCACUCGCAGGCCAUAUGGCUCCAUCAGCGGAAGCAGUACUACGCAGUCGUCCCCAUUGCGCACAGGACCGCCUCCACCGCCUCCUGCUCCUCAUCCUCUAUCCAAUGUUGAGACUGUUCCCGGCCCCGGCAGUCUGGCCCGUCGUCACACUGCAGCCGAUAUUCGAGCCCAUGGCUGGCAACCAGCACCCUCUCCCUUCAGCACUGGCGCACCCUCUGGAGCAUGGCCCCUUUCGCCUAGCCGUGUAGCCCCAGAAGACCAACGGAUCAGAGACUCAUUUUCAACAUACUCGUUGCAAGCUGCGUCCCAAACACACCCUCACUCACGCCCAACAACGCCCCCACCUCCAUUUGCGAAUGGCGCCGGCGGUGGCUCUGACACGUUUGGUGGCUGGUCAUGGGGAUCUGCUGGCCGUGAGAACAAAAACCUUGCCGUGAAAGAUCAUUCAGCCCCCCCUACUCGAAGGGGGAGCAUGGCUCAUAUCCUCAAUCCCAGUGAUACUGCCGAGCGAUCAGAUGAGGAUGAGGACCCCCGAGGCGACGACGACAGGAAGCGAAAGCGAAUGCAGUAA